GCCGUGUCGCUUCCAUGCACUGUUGAGUGCGACAGCCUUGAAAAGAUGAAAGUGUCUGUUGCAGCCAUGCGCGCACAGCUUGAUGAUCCCGAGACGUUCAAGGACGUCUACAACUACCUUUUUGACCUCGCCCGUGGUGACCAAAAGAGCUUGGGAAAGCCACGGAAAGUCCAUCAGCCGCGAUACCUGGCGUUUGUUCCUGGACUUUGCCCUCACUUCCAAGGACGAUCUGAGCGGCUACGAUAUGAGCGCAGCAUGGCCCGUCCUGAUCGAUGAGUUUGUAGAGUAUCUCCAGAGCAACAUGGAUACCAACUAGGCUGCAUGCCCAGCCCCCGCACCCCGUCACUCUAGAGCGAGGCUCUUCCUGGUGUACUUUGCCCCUGGGUCUGCGAGCUCCGUCGCAGGCGUUGAUAUGGAUGGAUGCCCGAGCCUCCAAGCAAUACAAUCGCUGCUGUAGGAAUCCCAG